AUGCCUGCCAAAGGUGCUACGACUCGCUUGAAUCCGGUGCGGCUGCAAACCAUCAACCACCUCCGAGUGCGCCGUCCGAACCAACAACAACAAAACUCGUGCGCAACCAUCAUGUCUUCGAUGCUGAACUGCUGGGCAUCGGCCGGACAAGGUGCUGAAGGAUGCCAGGCUCUGGAAGAAUCGCUCAAAGCUUGCAUGGACCAACGGAAAGACAAGACUGUCCAGACCAACUCCAUCAAUUACCACCUCAUGAGAAUGUUCCCCAAGGUUGCCGGACCCCGCAAGAAACAGGGGCGUGUCUGA